GCUGCUAACGGUUAACAGGAUAUUUAAUACGGUGAAAAUCUUCACAUCGACUGGCUUUGAUUUUUUUUCUGUCUGCGACUUCAUUUCUUCAUUCCUGCAAUUGGAGCACAACAUGAGAAUACUUUUACUACUCGCUGCGAUAUCGGCAGUAUCUGAAGGCCAGAAUGACUGCUCCUUCUCGGCGUGUUACCCGCCCAGCAACGACCUGCUGCUGGGGAGAGGACACCAGCUACGAGCGUCCUCCACCUGCGGCCUCACCGGGUCUGAGCUCUACUGCACCCUCUACCAGCAGAGGAGGAUGAAGUGCUGCCCGUGCGACUCCAGGAACCCCAACAGUCAGCUGGCCCACAACGUCAAGGACAUGCUUUCGUCUUCUGGACCAAACAGAUGGUGGCAGUCAAAGAAAGAUGUGAACCCAGUCACGCUCCAGCUGGACCUCAACGGUCUGUUCCAGCUCGACAACGUGGUGCUCAGCUUCAAGGGUCCUCGUCCCAGCGCCUUGGUCAUAGAGAGGACGCUGGAUAACGGCAGGACAUGGCAGCCAGCUCUGCACUUGGCAACGGAUUGUGAAAGAGCAUUCCCUGGCGUGCCCACAGCGACUCCUCUCCGCCUGGACCAGACAUACUGCCACGCUCUGACCCCUACGGAUCCCAACAGGGAGCACAUCAUUGAGUUCAGCCCGUUACGUCAGUACGCUUUUGUCUCAGCUCCCACCAGCGACAAAAUUGAAGGAGUGUCUGGGCUCACGGGGUUGAGGGUGAGGCUGACUGAGCUAGGGGACGUGCCCCGCCUGCCGGGAAGAGCUCUCAGCAGGUUUUAUGCCCUGAAGGAGAUGAGAGUGAUGGGCAGCUGCAUGUGCCAUGGACAUGCCAACCGAUGCCUCCCUGAGACAUACAGCAACCAGCUGUCCGACACCAUUCAGGUGCAUCCUCAGUGCGACUGCCAGCAUAACACGGCAGGUGUGAACUGUGAGCGCUGCGCUGAACUACACCACGAUCUGCCCUGGAGGCCAGCAGACGAGGCCAACACCCACACUUGCAAACGUUGUGAGUGCAACAACCACUCCCAGCGCUGCCACUUCGACCCGGCUGUGUACGAGGCCAGCGGCAGGACGAGUGGAGGGGUGUGUGAGGGCUGCAUGCACCACACCACAGGGCCCAAGUGUGAUCGCUGCGCCCCGGGCUACCAGCCCAACCCCUACAGCCGAAUGGACCGACCUGAUGCAUGCACACGUUGUUCCUGCAACGCUGAGGGGACGGAGAACGGGGCCCCCUGUGAGGAGAGCACAGGAUCCUGCCGGUGCAAGGUCAAUGUGGAGGGACCACGCUGCGACCGCUGCAGGAGAGGAUACCACGGCCUGAGCGCAUCCAACGCUCUGGGCUGCAAGAAAUGUUCCUGUUCUCCAGACGGCUCGCUGUCGGAGGUGUGCGACCCCGUGACGGGCCAGUGCCCCUGUCGCGCCCACUUCCACGGUUUGACCUGUAACCAGUGUUCAACAGGCUACUGGAAACCGUUGCUGUCCGAAAGCUGCCAGCCCUGCGGCUGCAACCCCACCAGCUCCACCAGUGACGCCUGUGACCAGCUGACGGGCCAGUGUCAGUGCAGGCCCGGCUUUGGAGGCCGAGCGUGUAGCGAGUGUCCAGACAACACGUACGGAGACCCGCUGACAGGCUGCCGACCGUGCCGGUGUAAUGCUGAAGGUACAGAGACCUGCAACAAGCGCACCGGGACGUGUCUCUGCCGGCCCGGUGUCGCCGGGACCCGCUGUGACUCCUGCAGCCCUGGACGUUGUGACUCCUUCCCUGAUUGCGACCCGUGUCCUUCCUGCUUCUUCACCCUCGAUUCGCAGCUAAAGAACAUGAGUUUAGCUCUGGAAAAGUUUUCUCCUGGUAUCCCGACCCGUCCCGGAGGCAGCGGAACCCCAGAAAACUUUGGACUGCGCGUCCGGGUCCUGGAGGCCAACCUGAGGAAGAUCAGGGACUCUCUGCCCCUUCCACCCAUUACAGUCACACAAGUUGAUGACGCUCUCUCCCAGCUCCAGAAGCUCAGGGAUGAGGUGGAAAAGGUUGAUAAUGAGCUCUCACCUAUUGGGAAAACUCCUGAUUUGGAAUCUGAGUUGGACAAACUUCAAGCUAUCCUGGAUAACCUAACUCUGGUUUACACCGCUAAGAAAGAUGCCAAUGAGAACUCCGUCAGUCCUGACAACGCAGAAGCAUUUGUUACCAUCAAGGACGCCUAUAACAAGUCCAAAGACGCAGCCAAGAAAGUGACUACCUCUGGGAAGACGCUUGAGGAGUCAGCUGAAGUCAGAGAAGAGACGAAGGACAUUCAGAACAAAGUACAGCCAGAAAACACCAGAGAUCUGGCCAAGCUGAACCUCAGCAUGGCUUCCCAACCGGACCUCACUCCCGCCGCCAAACAGGUGUGCGGCAGCGUUCGAACAGAGCCCUGCACGCCCCUCCAGUGCACCGGGGAGGAUUUGUGCCCACCAGAGGGGGCGCCACCCUGUGAGAAGGGGAAGAAAUGCGUGGGUGCUCUGCCUUUGAGCAUCAGGGCCAAUGCUGACGUUAAGGAUGUGAAGGAGCGACUGGAGAAGCUCAGUGGGAAGAUCACAGACGCUUCAGAGAUGCUGCAAAAAACCCAGGAGACGACGAACCAGAUGAGACAAUCGACAGACAAGCUGUCCAACAAAAUGAAGCAGGCAAGAGAUGACCUGGAAGACGAGCUAAAAGAAACACGAGAUGUCGUGAGAGAGCUCAAAGACUUCCUGUCAGACCCGUCCUCCAAUUUGACCCAGGUGCAGGAGGUGAGUGACUGGAUCCUGAAAGCCAAACUGCCCGUCAACCUCGCUGACCUGAAGAGGAAGCUGGAGGAGCUCAAGAACCUGGCGGCCAAUCUUCCAAACAGCAAGGCCGUGCUGCGAGAGGCCGAGCCGCAGCUGGAGGCGGCCAAGAAGCUGCUGAAGGAGGCUCAAGAUGCCAGAGACGUUGCAGUGGGAACAAAGGCUGACGUUGACGGGCUGCUGGAUGGCUUCGGCUCGGCAGAGAACGCCCUCUCCAACCUGGAGGACAGACUGCAGGACAGCAUGGACCUUAUAGACGGCUUGAACGACAACCUGAUGCGGGCCCAAAAGGAGCUGAGUCCAGCAGAGAAGGCGUUGGAUGAUGUGUCAACAUUGUUAAAGCCAACGAAACCUCAACUGGAUGAGUUGAAAAACGUGCUGGAAAAAGCAGGCGGCCGGGCCCAGGACGUACAGGACGACGCAGACAGAGCUGAGGACGAAGCAGCUGCAGCUGAACAGGACCUGUUGACUCUGGAGAAACAGCUGGAUCGUCUCAAAGAGGAAAGUCCCAGCGGAGAAACAGAAGAGGGUGUUCCCACCGGGGACCGACUGGCCAAGCUCAGGGAGGAGGCUGGAGCUCUGGCAAACACCACCAACAACAUGAUGCAGUCUCUGGAGGGAAAAGCAGACACACUCCGAGAGCUGCAGGACAAUAUUCUAACGAAGUCCGCGAGGCUGGAAGGCCUCGACGUCAAGGUGAAGGAACUCUUGGAAGCGCUUCGAUAUAAAGCCCGUAUCCUCAGCACCUGCCAGGGCUGAGCGGCACCGGCCCAACCUUCUGGCUGCCCGGAAACAUCUUCCUCACGUUUUACCAGUGACACACUCUUGAUAUGUUAACCGUCCUUCUGUGCUUCAUUUCUCUACAUAAACAAUAAACCCUUUUGGAAUCGAAGUAAAAAUCAGACCACA